CAGAAGGCAGGAGAGAGGAGAGAGGAGAGAGGGAGAGGGAGAGGGGAGGGGUAAACACCCUCUCUUACUCACCCUAACUAUGAAUUGAAACAAACUUUCCAGGGGUUUCCCUUUCCCCCAUUCCCCCUUCUCCAAAUCUCCACUCCACAAAACCCCCCAUCGACCCCUCACUAACCCCAAAAAAAUUCCAUCACUAUCCACAACUCGAUUCAACACGCCUAUACGCACGCACACGUAUAGAGAGAGAGAGAGAGAGAGAGAGAGAGAGAGAGAAGAGGAUGCGAUCGUGGCCCUGGCAGCGGCGGGGGUUGUCGUUGUCGGCCUCGUCCGAUGAAUUGGAACUGGAAUCGGGAGGUCGUUGAUGGCCUUGCAAAUGAGCUGGCAGCCGAGCCUACUCCCCCAGAAGCGGAAAACCGGUCCUCCGUUAGGGUUGCGGAACAUCGGGAACUCGUGCUACCUCAACAGCGUCCUCCAGUGCCUCACCUACACCCCGCCCCUCGCCAAUUUCUGCCUCAACUUCAACCACUCCUCUUCCUGUGAUUUUGCGGCGGAGCCGAAGCGGGACUGUCCGUUUUGUAUAUUAGAGAAGCGGAUUGUGAGGUCCUUGGGUAGUGAACUAACCCUUGACACGCCGGCGAAGAUGAACAACUGCCUGAAACUCUUCGCGGAGAACUUCCGGAUCGGGCGGCAGGAGGAUGCACACGAGUUUCUCCGGUAUGUGAUUGACGCCUGCCACAACACCUGCCUCCGCCUCAAGAAGUUGCAGCAGUUGCAGCAGCGGCGUAAGGGUGGUGGUGGAAAUGAGGGUUUUGGUGGUGGCGGAACGGUGGUUAAGGAGAUUUUUGGGGGUACUCUGCAGAGUCAGGUGAAGUGUUUAUCGUGCGGUGUAGAGUCAAAUAAGGUCGAUGAGAUCAUGGAUAUGAGCCUUGAUGUGUUGAAUAGUAGUUCUCUUAAAGAGUCUCUGCAGAAGUUUUUUCAAGCUGAGACAUUGGAUGGGAACAACAAAUACAAGUGUGAGAAUUGUAAGAAAUUGGUCGCAGCAAGGAAGCAGAUGUCUUUACUUCAAGCACCGAAUAUUCUUGUAAUCCAAUUGAAGAGGUUUGAGGGCAUAUUUGGUGGGAAGAUUGACAAAACCAUUUCAUUUGAGGAAGUUCUGGUGCUUUCAAGCUAUAUGUGCAAAGCAAGCAAGGAAAAACAUGCAGAGUAUAACCUUUUCGGUACCAUUGUGCAUUCAGGUUUCUCACCUGACUCAGGACACUACUAUGCAUACAUCAAGGAUGCUAUGGGCCGUUGGUAUUGCUGCAAUGAUACGUAUGUUAAACUGUCUAAUCUGCAGGAGGUUUUGUCAGAAAAAGUUUAUAUCCUUUUCUUUUCUCGUACUAAACAAAGGCCAGGGCCUGCCAAAGCUGCAUUGGCUUCCAAUGGAGUGAAGUCUCAAGAUUGCAACGGAAGCAACACAUCUAGAAGCCAAAAUGUUGUUUAUUCAGCGAAACCAGUGUAUAUGAACCCAUCUGUUGAUCGUUCUGUUGAGAAGGAUAACUUGAGCAAAUCACAGGACAAUGAAGUGCCUUCUAGUGCUCAGGACAACAUAAGUAGCCUUGGAAACUCUAGUUCCAAAAAGUUUCCUCCAACUGUAGAUGUAAAAGUAGUUCAAAAAAUUCAAUCUAAUGGAAGGAAUGGGCAUGUGAAAGCCUCAAUUUCCAUGGAGAACGGUGAGACGAAUAUGCUAUCAUCAAACGGAAAUGGUGCUACCAAAAGUAAAUCAGUUGAUGCAGUUGAUAAUGGGAACAUAAAAGCUUAUCCUUUGGCGAAUGGGAAUGGUAAAGUCAAGAGUACACCUGCUAAUUCUGUAGAAGCAGGUAAGCCCGAGGAUAAUAAUGGAAGAAAUGCCGUGACAGCAGAAAUAGUAGCCAACAAGGAUGAAUUGAAGAAUGGCGGUGUCGACGGUCCCUCUAAUAUCUCAGGAUCCAAAAGAAAACUCCAGGAUGAGGAUUCAUGUAUUUUGUUUGCCAAAGAUGGUGUAAAUCGGGCAGAACUUGAAGAUCUCAAAGAAGUUCUACAAAAAGAAGCUUCUUCAUUUUUGCGAUCAUGUCGUUGGACAGAGGAAGUUCAUCGAUCGAUGUGUUCUAAGAAGGCGGCUUGUUUGCUAGAAGCAGGCAACAUGGCAUCAAAUGGCAGUGAUUUGAAGAAGUUGUUGAUAGUGGAAGCCAAACGAAAAUUUCUGUCACAAAUCCCGGAGUCGUUGAAAGAGAACCUUAUUAAACGGCUCAGAACAGUUAGCCAGGAAAAAUAACAUCCAGAUCCUCGAGCAACUUAGUGUGGUAAAUGUUGUAGUCUCCUGAUGAAUUCCUGCGGCAAUAGCUUGGUGUAUAAUCUGUGAUACAUUCCUCGUCAAGUUUCGUCUAAUGGUGGCAUCUUCCAAGAGUAUGUCAUUAUCUUUUUUGAUGCAUGCUGAAGGGGUACGAGAGAGUUUCAUUUUCGCGGCAUUUCCUCUGGUCAAACUUGAGAUGAUGGGGCGGGUUUCGAUAACUGCCGAAAAUUUUCUCUCUCCGUUUGCGCCUGUGCUGGUUUAUGGCAGAGUGAGAGAACAAGCUCAGGAUUCAUUUCAUUUUGUAUGAUAUCCUUUUUUCUGGAAACUACGGUUAGUUUAACAAUCCUCAUUUUAUGGACGCAUCUCAAUUUUUCCAUAUAAUGUGGCCGGAAUAGUACUUGUGGAUCUAUUGUAGUAUCACUGAGCUUCUUACCCCGUAAAUGUGGCAUUGCUACUCUUUGACUUGAACUUUUGUUUCACAACCUGCUAAUGUGAGAUUUCUCUUCAUCA